UGAAACGGGCUAUUUCUGCCCCGGGACAUCAGCAGGCCUCCGCGCGCUGGCUCCAAGGCACACACUCUCCUGUUUUUAAAGUUUCCCCAAACAAAUGUUUCCCUUCCCACCUUGGGAUAUUUUUAUUUGACUCUAGGUGCUGGAAUAGCUUUAGAAAUCGUUCUGGGUUGACGUUGGAAUCGUGGUUAGGGUCCAGGCAGGCAGCAGCAAUUUCUCACUCCCAGAGUUAUCUAUUACUCGUGGCUGAUCUGGAUGUAAAAAUAGCUGCUGAGGCUGUUUGUUUAAUCUGACUGUUACUUGACACCACGCGGGUGUUGCAGUGGGACUGUUUGCCUCUUCCCCACCAAGAGCUCCAUUUGGUUUCCCCCGGCUGGUCUCUAUUUAGAUGGGCAGUGAAUAUAAGCAUGAAAAGAAGUUUUAAUACUACAAACCCGAAAAGCCAGCAAGGCAGGCAGCAGCAGCCCUCACUGCUGUAACAGAGAAAAAGUAAACCCACUUGGUAAUUGCAUCUGGUUGACGAAAAGCUCUAAUUUUGUGGGAACAAGGCUACAUCUAAGCCUUGACAGAAUCAUCACCAAAAGCGCCCACUGGCUGUCGGGGACAGUCUUUCUAGAGCUGACAGAUGAUGCAGGGGAAUAAGAAGUGCACAGACGGGUUCAGCGACUCCUCAAGCAUCGGCAGCGUGCUGGACGAUGCAGACAGGGAGGUGAGCAGCCUCACUGACCGGGCGUUCCGGAGCUUGUGCAUCUCGGAGGACACAUCCUUCCAUGAUUCCGAUCUGGCCCUGUCCCCGGAUACCACUCGCCAGGUGUUUGGGACUCUCCACCAGGGAACAGUGAGCCACACCCACAGGAAAAGUGGCAUUUGGAGCCAGUUACCGUCACAAGGCACGGAGCAUGCAGGCUGGGCAGCCACCUUCCAGCAGCUACCUAAGUAUGUUCAGGGGGAGGAAAAGUACCCCAAAAGCAGCCCCCCGCUGACGCCAGCCCAGAGGAGACUGGAGGUGCCAGUUGCUGGCCUGAGAAGCAGCAACAAGCCUAUCUCCAAAGUGUCAUCACUAAUCCAGUCCUUCAACAGGACUGAGAGCCAACGUUGCGAGAUCAGGCCUACCACCAGCAAACCCCCGGCUCUGAAAAAUCCCCCCAAAUUUGCUCCUCUUCCAGACAACAGUGUCAACUUCUGCUUCGAUUCUGCCUUUCUGACAGUCAGGAGGGUGCCCGCUGAAGUUUCCGGUGCCCAUCAGAGCAGCAGAAAGCACGGAGAACAGGAGCCCCCCGAGAACCCUGAAAUGGCCCGUCACGGCUCCAGCAGCUUCCUCCCAGCGCCUGACAGUGCGGCCAGCUCAUUAGAGUCCAAGUUCCCCUCCCCACCCCACAGGCCAGCGCUGGGCGAGGCUGGAAGAAGCAAGGAGUGGGCUCACAAAGGGACCUUUCUGCACAGUGAAAAUAGUGCCUUUGAGUCGUGGAACGCCCACCAACCAAAGCUGCUCGAGAGAAAGGACGCCGCUGAAACUGUCCCAGAAAGCCAAGCUCCCAAACGUUACGAGGACGUGCCCUUGCUACGACAACCCCAUCCUCCUGAGCGCAAAGUCUCGCCCUGCCAAGGCCAGGCCAGAUUCAGUCAGACCGAGAGCAGACUGGCCGCAGGGGCUCUGUCGGCAUCUGGGCCCUGGGGGUGCAGGGAUCCAGGAACCCAGGCGUCAGCUAUGGAGGGAAAAGCUCCCAGCUCCCAGCCUGACCCUCAAGUGAAGCCAACCCAGGCCCCGUGGAGGAAACCAAAGACUGGCAAAAGAGGGAAAGAAAGUCUACAAGAAGCCGCGGAAGAAAAGAAACAGACCAACAGGAGAGAGCCACCUCUGUACACAAAGCACAACCCCCAGGGGCAGUUUCCAGAAAAUGAUACUCUUGACAUGCCUGUGGACCCCGGUGAGCAUUACAAUCCCCCUUUCAACAUCAGCAAGCUCCUGACGCCCAUCAUACCCACCAAGCUCGCCCCGGAUCCGUCAGACAGUCCACCCAUGGAGACAAGCCCCUCGCCCCCAGGACAGCUAAACGGGUACCAAGAGAAGGAGCCCAGCGAAUGCCAGUCUCGAGACAGCUACAAGUCCAAAGCUCCUAGCCUGCUGUUCAACCUCAAGGAUGUGCGGAAGCGUGUCAAGAGCACAUACAGCCCCUCACCUCUCCUGCGAGGCCUGGAUGAGAAAAGCAGAGGGAAGGUUGGUGGGAAGCAAGAGCCUGUGAGCAAUGGCGUCGUGCUUCCCAAUGGGCUCGAGGAAAGUCCCCCAAACGAGCUUUCUAAGGAGAGACCUGCAGAUGCCCCUACUGCAUCACAGCCCGGUGCCCAGGAGGACCCUACAGCCGACCGCAGCGAGUCCCCGGCAGACAGCUAUCUCACCCCUAGCACACCUCCAGCCAUGGCCAACACCCCCUUCUGUGUCAACGGCGAGGCUGCCGAGGGGAGCAGUCACGAGCACGCUGACGCCCACGGAGGGUCCGAGCCGGGCCCCGGCAGGGCCGGAUGGCAUCCAGACUCCAGGGAGUGCUGCCCCAGGAAGCACCUCUCCCUGAAGCUUUGCAGCAGGGAGUCUGAGGCCGCUGAGGCCCCAGAGAAAACGAAGACCCAGCUAGAGAACGGGCCCUCGAGACCCAUCUCGCAGGAGACAGACCCAGAGAGAGAGGUAGGACUUCAGAACCCACACUCGAGCCAGAAGUUCUCCCCGGGGCCCCUGUCCCCUGAGGAGGAAGAUGUGUUUUACAGCGACAGCCAAUCUGAUUUUAUGCCGGGCCUCCAAAGCAGGGCCAAAUUCAGCACCAGCUCGUCAGAUCAAUCCUUUGCCUCGUUUGAUGAUCAGCAGAAGACGUGGUUUACCGAGAGCCAGCGGGAAGACAGGAGGAACGACGUGAGUGCAGGUGACCGUCAGAAGGAUGAGAAGGAGAAGGUGAUGGGGGGAGACGAGCCGCAGGGCCGCGCCUCGGGCGCUGGGUGCACGUGCACGGAGGAGCCCAGCGAGGGGGAGGCGCUGCAAAGAGAAGGGGAAGAUGUGUCUGGAGGAAGGCCCAGGAAGGCGUCAGCAGAAGAAGCUAAUUCGAGAGGCUCUUGGGUUGGGGGACAUAGGGGUACCUCCCUUUCACAUGCCAAAGACCCUGCCCCCUCGUUGUCUUCUGCUACGAACAAGCACAUACUGUUCACAAUUAAAGACAACACGCUCAGAGCCACCCCGGUGAUAAAACCCAUCAUGCUGCCUCUCCUGAGGACCAUGUCCUCUGAAGACUCGCUCGGCGGUGGCCGUAGAGAGGAGGACUCGCCAAGGCCAGGAUGGGGUGAGGAUGCUGGUUUCUGUGCCCCCGAAAGCCAGGAAAUGCCUGGCACGCUGACACCUGCUAACCUGCAAGGCACACACAUGAAGCUCUUGGCCUGUGAUGUCACAGAGGACCCCGGGCAGGUGUCCAGCACAGCCAGGAUGGAGACCUCCCGACUAGUCCCAAAGGGACAUUUCCCAUCUCUGCCUCUUGGGAGAGAGGGGGAUGGGAUGAAGCCACCCCUGGAUGCAGCUCGUAAAGUCUUGGCACGCGAUGGCAAGAGCAGUUCCACAGACUCAGGGAAGCUGGUUGCCCCUCGGGGCAUCCCAACAAUUGCUUUACCCGAGGGUGACUUAGAAGACGAGCCACUCCCGUGGCAGCCUGGAACCUGUUGGGAAGAACAGACGCAAGGCGCCAAUAGUCACUUUUUGUCUACGCCCAGAGCAGGGCCACCCGGGAGAAGACCGGUGCGUGGUGAGAUGGCAACUUCCCCCAACCCCAGCUCCCUGGAGGACAGCAGCGUGUGCUCCCCUGCCGCCAGUGAGCUGGAGCUGCUGCCCGAGGAGCCCCCUCAAGCCAGCCCUGGUCCUGCCAGGGUCACCAGAAGGGAGGACCUGACCCACGCCCUCGUGUGGGAGGCCAGCUCAGACCCUCAGCUUGAGCCGUCGGCAGAAGACCUCCGGGCGCUCUCUCCGCGAGACUCACUGCCGGACGUGGCCACCAGCUCUGCGGGCCCCCCUGGGAGGCCGGAGCUCCCUGCUCAGCUGGGGAGGGCGGCCAGCAAGCCACCCGCAGUCCCACCCAAGACAGAGAAGGCCCUGCGGCGGGCGAAGAAGCUGGCAAGCAAGAGGAGAAAGACCGACCAGCCGCCAGAGAGGCAUGGCGAGUCCCGGGAGGGAAAGCCCUGCCCAGGGGACUCGGAGUGGACAGAGCAAAGGCCGCGGUCCCCCAGAGAGAGGCCCCGACACAGUUUCCCCGCGGUGCGCUCCGUGCCCCCUCCCCUACACCGCCACUCCGUGUCCGGCUUCUCGGAGCCUAUCGGGAGGCAGCCUGGGGGGCCCCAGUCCCUCGCGCCCUUGUCCCCUUACCCUGCCACCCAGAAGGUGCUCCAGGACCCCCAGUCUGGAGAGUACUUUCUCUUCGACUUGCCACUCCAGGUGAAAAUCAAGACCUUCUACGACCCAGAGACGGGCAAGUAUGUCAAGGUCUCCAUCCCCUCAUCCGAGGGGGCCUCCGCUGAGUCGCCCCUGCCGGAUGCCCCAGCCACUCCCUACGUGCUGUACCCCGGCUUCCGGCCCGUGCCCGUGACAGCCCUGAUCCCCCUGCGCUGCUCCUCUCAGCUCUCCGCCCCCACCUUCCUCAGGCAGGGCCCUCGCGCCUGGGCCAGGCCCCAGAGUGCCCACGAGGCUGGACUGCAGCUGGCCCCGGGGCCUCAGGGUGACCCCACCCAGCACUCUGCAGACCUGCACCCCCAGGGGCCUCCCCAGGGCCCCGAAGAGGAGGGUGCGGAAGCUCCAGGGCUGGGCAUCAUCUCCACAGACGACCUGGAGGACUUUGCCACAGAAGGCAUUUCUUGAGAAUUGCAGCAGACGGACCCCCAUCCCCAGAGAAACCCAGAGGAGCUUACUUCCCCUGCCCCAGAACAAGUAACACACACACACACACACACACACACACACCCCACACGCUUAGCCAUGUGAGAUCCCCAGAGUCUGAGAGGAAGUGGGGAUCCUGAGACAGCCGCGUCUGGAGGCCCCCUGGGCUCCCCUCUGUUGAAGGGCGCUGCUUGUGUGACAUCCCCUCCACGCCCCUCCCCAUAGCCUCUUCACUCCGCUCCUCCCCGCCCUCCCUCCCUGUCCUGGCCGUCCCUGGUCCUGAGGGUCCCUCUGCCCCUGCACCCACCCAAACCUCUGAGCCCCCUUCAGACACUGUAGCCAGUUUCCAGGUCCCCUCAGGAAGAAUUGGAGGACCCCCAAGGCAAUCUCGCAGAAAUGUUUAUUUGCAUAGAAUGGGUUUUUUCACAGGCCACCUUUUAAAACGAGAAACAGGUUUGUAGCUGUGGUUCUGUCCCUGAACUCCUAUCCUCCUCCUGUGGGCAGCGGGGGCCAGGUCUGGCCGGAGCUGCCUCCUCAUCCACUGCAGCCCCGAAUCCCACCUCAUUCCUGCACCCCCUGCCUCUGCCGUCUAGGCGCCAGGCCCUCUGCCAGUUCUGGGGAGCAAAAAUGAGGAAGAGCCAAGACAAAGGCCAAGGAUGACCUGGGGAAGCUGAGUCAGGCCCUCACCAACCUGAUUUAGUGACCUGCACUUGUGUCCUGCACUCCAAAGGAAAUUGUGUCCUGCCCCUGCCCCCAAGUCCCCAACCUUUGGGGAUCUGGAGGCAAAUAUCUGAAUCACCUCAAGAGAGUAGAGUGUGGCAACUGCACCCUUAAGGCUUUGGCAGUCGGAGAGCAGGUGUCCACUGAGGCCGGGAAGAAAACCAGUGGGUCCUCAUGGGCUUCCGCUCGCAGUUUCUGCUGAAGCCUCUUAAUUCUUGUUCUGUGGGAAACAUAGGAACAAACAGCACCUCCCUCUUUGUUUAGAAACCUCAGCAGCUGCCAGGCCUGUGCUGCCCAGCCCAGGGGACAGGCAACGCACAUCGUCCUCGCUCUACUGGUACAGCGCCUCGCUCCCUGUGCUUUUCCACACAGGGAAGACAGGAAGACCCACCAAGUCCCAGACUCAUCCAAAUACAGGGGCCUUGAGGACAUUCCAUGUCAUGACUUGGAUUCAGGAUUUUAUACCUAUUUGUUUUCCCAACAAGUAUAGCCACAUGUGGCUUUCAUUGUGAAAAUACCACACACGCGCGCGUACACACACACACACACACACACACACACCCAGCCCGAUGCCAUUCAAUCUGGCCACCUGAUGAGUCACCCGGAUGACCAGCCAGGAGGGCAGGCAGGCCACUGUCCCAGAAAUCUAGCUCCCCUGAGUCACUCACUGGGUGCAAGGGACAAGAACAAAAUUGUGUUUUGACUCUGCCACCAAAGCACCUCAAGCAUCUUCUCUACUUUAUUUUCAUCUUACUAAAAUAUGAAAUAUAAUGUCUCAUUUAAAAAUUCUCAGGGCCCCAGGAAAAGAAUUGCCCAACAAAAAAAGAGUCCUUCAGUUCAGUAAUAACCCGAGUUAUAGUACCUAUGUCCGCACAAAGAAAAACAUUGCCUUGAGGAACUUAUUUGGGGAAGCAGUCAUCUUAGAAGCAAUAUUGGCAGGGCCGUGGGCAGAGCUAAAAACACAAAGACUUUCCCCCAGCAAGUCAGCUAGAAGGAAGCCCUUGCUCACUUACAAGCAAAGGGCCUCUGUUCCUGGAAGAUUAUGCCCCACGGAACACAAGGUGAGAGUCCCUACCCAGGGAAGCCCGACUCUCUGGCCAGUGAUGGCCUCUUCUUCCGACUUUUCCUGAGGGACGUCAAUACCUCCUUCCUCCCUCCUCCCUCCUUCUCUCUCUCUCUCUUCCUUUCUUCUCUCCCUCCCUCUUUCCCUUCCUUCCUUCCUCCUCUCUCCCUUUUACAAACAUUUGCAAUGUGCCAGGCACUUAGGUGGGUGCUGAAGAUAACACGGUAAGAUCCUAUCUCUGCACUCAAGGAGUUCAAAUCUAACAGAGAAGAAAGACAAUUACAAGCCCAUGUGUGAAGUAAGUUAAUAGGUUGCUCUGAGGAGCACCUAAGGCUGCCUGGAAGGAAAAGGGGCUUCCUUCAGGAGAGGGCACCUGAGCCAAGUCAAGAAACACAAAGUGGUGCAUCAACUUAGGAAGAAACCAGAAUCUCCCAGCUUUAAUCUGUCUAUUAAAGAUGACACUGAUUAAAUACUAAUAGGUUUGUCUUGCCAUAUCAAAGUGCAUUGAUUUAGCUAAUUGUUCAUCAGCAUUUCUAAUCAGCACAAAAGCUGAACCAGUGUAGUCUUGUAGGAUAGACCUUUGUUGAUAAGUCCUUCAGCUUCUGAAUUGAAUUUCUCUCAUCUAGGUUGCCCAGAACAAACACUAUUUCUAGCGUUGUGUUUAAUAGGAGGCGGUGAGAGGCAUGAGCGUGCUGCUUGUGGAAGCUGUGGAUGUUGCCUGCGUCUUCCGUUUAGUGCACUGGCUCUUUUCCACAUGUUGUGGCCCCUCUCAGUGUCUCCGGGUCAGGAACGAUUGGAGGUCCCGGGGCUGUUCAGCAACAAAUGGCUGAGAGCACACAGUGUUGAGCACGCACUACCCAUGUGCCAGCCCCUGUGCGGGGGCCUGAGCCUCAUCUCAGUGCUCACAGCAAAGCUAUGGGAGGUGCCUCAUGAGCACCAUUUGACUGUAAUGGACGCAAAGGCAGGGACGGGACGUAAUCGCCCACAGCCACACGGCCAGCGUGAGGAGCCAAAGCAGGCACUCGGGCCUCUCACUUCUGGGUGGACUCUCUUAACCCCCAGCCUGUGCCUCUCUGAGCCCGUGGACCAGCAGCCUCCCCUCACCGGGAGCUGGUUAGAAAUCCAGUGUCCCAACCGGCCUCUUCACAAGGUCCCCGAGGCAAUUGGUCAUUUGCACAUGGAGCUCUGAGAAGUGCUGUCAGCCUCUGCUUAGCCCAGAUCAAUUCGGUGGGCGCAUUAGCUAUCUUCAUGUCUCUCAGCACUGCCGUGUGCAAAGGAAGAGAGGCCGACAUGUCUGGGUGGGAAUGCUGCAGGGAAGCUGGUGUACAAGUGAGGUAAGAAAGGCAUCUCUGAUGACGUGCUGUCUCGACAUGACCUGAGUGGCUAGGCUGCUCAGCUCCCCAUCACCAGGAAUGUACAAUGGAAGCUGUGUCAGAAGGGACCUGUCUUUCAAGACCCUAGGCUACAUUUGGGGCUCUGCUAUGCCAACGGGAAGGACGCGAAGUCUAAACAGAGGACAGCCAUACGCACGUAAUGGGCAGCACGUACAUAUGAAGAGGUGCUCUAUGGCAAACCUGAAUCUUCGCUGUGGAAAGCAUUUUGGCUCCAGUAACACCAUGAGGUUGGACACAAUUACCUGUGUGAGUCUCCUGUACCAUUUAGAUAUAAAGUCCAAGGUGAGCAGAGAGAACUCUGGGCCAUAUCACCAGGGGUUAGGCCUCCUCAGUGUCACUUCUGCAGAGCCACCUGAGCAGAGGGCUCUUCCCUCCCAGCAAGUGUCUGGGUGGGUCCCUCCCUCACUUGCCACCCCUCCCUCACCUCCCAGCUGCCAGCCAGGGUGCCCCAGCAAGCCUAGGCUUUAGAAUCACCGGGGCAUUUGUUAACAAGGCAGUUCCAGGACCUGGUUCCAAUUUACCUCAUCAGGCUCUCCAAGUGUCAGGAAAGGGUCGCUGCGAUAUGAAAGCUCCCAGGAGACUCUGAUGCACCCAGAUUGGUAAACCUCACUGCAGAGCAGAGCUCCUGCACCUGGCCCAACACACUGGCCAGACACUGCCCAGCAGAGACCCUUCUGUGAAAGGUUAUGAGGAAGAAGGGCACAUCUGGGCUUUCCUGGGGACGAGGAGAACUCAGGGACACGACUUUCUCCACGUGGAAAGUGUGGCUGGAAAGGUAUGGCAAGGUUCUCGGACCUUCCAGUGCAGCCACUAGCCCUGCCCAAAGCCAGGCCGGGACGUGGUGGUAGGUGGUGACUCAGCCACUGCCCAUUUGGCCCUGCUGCUGACACCUUCCUCUCCUCAGGGCCCCACCACUCUAAGUGGGCCCCAGAGCUCUGUAAGGAGGCCGUGGACUGCUCUUCCCCAGAAGGGGGGAGGAGGGGCAUUGCCGGGAAUAAAGAUUUCCCCUUUCAGGGAAGCUCA